GGGGCGGGAGCCAGGCCCGCCGGGUCGGCCCUGGCCGGCGCCGCGGGAACGGUGGCUCCGCCGCGGCGUUUCUGCUAUCAAGCCUCGGCUUUCCCUGAAGGCGCUACCGCCGCUUCCCCGGCAGGGCUCCGGUCGGCCUCGCUCGCCAGUCCCUGAAGAGAAGAAGCAAAGCUAAUGUGUAAAGAAGCAAGGCUGAGGAAAGAUUAUCUCUGGUUGUGGAUCAUAAGAGUUUGCAAUGGCAAUGCUCUGGAAAUUCAUGAGAGUAGCUAAGUAUUCUAAAACAGCAUUAGCACCAAAAGUAAAGGUAAGAGGAAUUCCCACCCAUUCAAAGCAUUCUUCAUCCAAGUCUGUACCUUCAGAUUUUGCUGCCAACACAACACCCUGCUCAAAUACUGUGGAACUGCUUGGUAAAGCUUAUCCUCAGGAUGACUACAGCAAUGUCACAGAGAAGAUUCUUUCCAAGGUGGGGAAGAACUUGCACAACAAAAAGCAUCACCCUUUGUGGCUUAUCAAGGAGCAGGUGAAGGACCACUUUUACAAACAAUAUGUAGGACGCCGUGGGACUCCGCUCUUUUCUGUCUAUGAUGGUCUUUCUCCAGUGGUUACAGUACAGCAGAAUUUUGAUAGUUUGCUUAUCCCACAAAACCAUGCCAGCAGAAGAAAAGAGGAUAACUAUUACUUGAAUCGUGAUCACAUGCUAAGAGCACAUACAUCAGCUCAUCAAUGGGACUUGAUACACUCUGGCCUGGAUGCCUUUCUGGCAGUGGGAGACGUCUAUCGCCGGGACACAAUUGAUAACACCCACUACCCAGUCUUCCAUCAGAUGGAAGGAGUUCGGCUCUUCUCCUGUCAUGAGUUGUUCUCCAACAUUAAAGAUGGUGAAGGCUUACAGUUGUUUGAGCAAGGUCAUCGCACCGCACACAAGCAGGAGUGUCACACCAUGGAGGCGGUGAGGCUGGUGGAGUUCAACCUGAAGCAAGUGCUCACAAAGCUCAUGACUCACAUCUUUGGUGAUGGACUGCAAGUCAGAUGGGUAGACUGCUACUUCCCGUUUACUCACCCUUCCUUUGAGAUGGAGAUCAACUUCCAAGGAGAAUGGAUGGAGGUCCUGGGCUGCGGGGUCAUGGAGCAACAGCUAGUUAACUCAGCUGGUGCUCAAGAUAAAAUUGGCUGGGCGUUUGGCUUGGGUUUGGAGAGGCUGGCCAUGAUCCUGUACGAUAUCCCUGACAUCCGACUCUUCUGGAGUGAAGAUGAACGCUUCUUGAAGCAGUUUAUUGUGCCUCACAUUUGGCAAAAAAUAAAAUUCCAGCCUCUCAGCAGAUACCCACCUUUGAUCAAUGACAUCUCCUUUUGGCUGCCUUCUGAGACAUACUCGAAGAAUGAUUUCUAUGAUUUGGCUCGAACCGUUGGUGGAGACCUGAUAGAAAAGGUUGUCCUAGUGGAUGAAUUUACCCAUCCAAAGACAAAGAAGGUCAGCCAUUGCUACCGUAUCGUUUACCGCCACCCGGAGAGGACUCUAACGCAGGAGGAGGUGCAUCGCAUCCAUCAAGCUAUUGAAGAAUCAGCAGUUCGAGAACUUGGGGUUGAGGGCAGAUUCUAACAUAGCUGGUCCAAAGCCCUAAUGACAGUUGCUUUUUCUUUUUUUUUGAUUUUUCUCUUUUUACUCUUUUUGUCUUUUUGGGAUGGGGAAUACAGGUAAAGAAAGGGGGUUUGUGACUGAACCUAGCACGUAGAAAAUGACUGAUAAAUGGGCAAUGGUAAAACUACCAGAUAAUAAACAUUACUACUGAGAAA